AUGUUUACUGUUCAGUGCAACUCGCGUGGUUUUGUUAAAAAGAAUAAUGACUGUAGCAGCCAGUUAGAGAAUGAUAGUGGAGACUGUGAUGCAGAUAAUGAAGUGACAAAUCAAAGCAAACAGAUUGAAUCUUCUCUGGAACAUGGCAGUAAAUACCCUAUUCCUACUAGGAGAAGCAAAGCUAAUAAAGAAAAUAUAGAACCUUAUAAGGAAUUAGCAGCGAAGGCAAGAGAGGAAGAGGAGUAUAUGAGUGAAAUUGCUACUGAAUUCAGUACAAUCACCGAAACGGGUACCAUUGAGAAUGUGACCUGCGAGUACCAGAACAACAGCACUGAAGAUGAUGAGGAUGAAGCCAAGAGCACGCUCAUCGACUAUCCCUUCUCAGUGUCCAUUCAGAAGAAGGGAGCUCAUUACGUUUCUGGCGCCCUGAUAGAUAAAAGAUGGAUUCUGAGCGUGGCUGCGGAGUUUUAUAAUGUGAGAGAAUCACUGAAAUUGUUCAGAGCAAGACUAGGAUCCGUGGACUGCAAAAGAGGUGGAUCAUUGGUGCCCUUUAAAAAGAUAGAAAUCCAUCCUUACUACAUUUAUGGGAAGCCGAAUUUUGACGUGGCUCUCUUGAGAAUGGCGAUACCUGUGGAUUACUCUGAAGUCUUGAGACCAAUAGGGAUUUCUAAUAUCAAUGGGAAGGUGCUGAGUGCCAAGUUUAUGACUACGUACUGGCCGAGGAUAGUGCUAAAUGGAAGAACAUUACCCCAAACGGCAAAAGAAAGGGUAAAAUACAACAGCAUGCGAGUAUCAACACAAAGACUGAUUCCAAUGGAUAAAUGUAAAAACAUCAUGGCGGCUAUUAAAGAGUACAUCAACGAGUCCAGUCUAUGCUUGAAGCCCGUUGUUACUCAUCACAGCGUGUGCAUGCCAGAUGCAGGAGCUCCAGUGAUAGCAGAAGACGGACUGUGGGGCAUCACAUCUGGUUGGAUAGCUCCAUCAUGCCCCAAUUUCGCAGCGCCUACAAUUUUCACGCGACUCUCCUCACCGUCUGUGCGCUCCUGGUUAGACACACAACUGCUUAAUCUUUAGGUUAAGGUUAACCAAUCACGCUUCCUCACCGCAUUCCACAACGUCCGCAACAGCUGUGGCAACAGGUUGUUACGACAUUUUGUUACAAGGGUAACAUAACGAUGCAAGAUACCAAGCGAAUACCUUUGUGAGAUUUUUAACACGCUUUUUAUCUUCUUCUGUGUAUGAAUUCCUAGUAGAAUGCACAGCUGAUUUUUGUUUCAUCAUUACCAGUAAGAUGAGUAAGAAGAAGAUGUUACUUGUUGCAAUUAUUAUUUUUGUUGUAUUAUUAAUAAUUUAUAUGUUAAAAGUAUUACACACAUAAUAGUACAUAGUAC